UCCGAGCAAUAGUCAGUGUGUCCGGGCUUCCCUCUCGGCUGGCCGCGGGGCGGCGGCGGGCGUCCCGGGGACACCUUUCCGGCACCAGCGCUGUCCCCGACCGGUGGGCCGGCGCUGCCCUUGGGCGCCGCGGAUCUGCCGGCCCCGGCGGUGCCCUGGCCGGAGUCCCUGCUGCGGUGAGGGCAUCUCAGGGUCCGCUUGUGUGGUGCGGCCACACCUGUCGUGGUCUCCGCGCGACAAGUGAGACCGGGCAGUGAAUCCUUCACACAGUUGCUGGCAUGCCUGAUUCCUAGUUUUCCCAGCGUGACACGCGGGUCACGGUCUCCGAUCCCCACAAGAUUUUCAUCCGUGAACCUGCCUCUGGGAAGGAACUUGCCUCUUGCAGGCGAGGCCUGCAUUGCUGCUUUGAAAGCACCUGGAGGUUGGCACCGUGUCAGCCACAGCACAGCAUGGAAUUCCCAGAGGGGUCUUCAUCCAAAACCUCGUAGAGGACGGGAGCCACCUGAGCUUCAGCGAGGGAGACUGAACAGACCUGAGACCCAGGGCAGGGAUGACGCAUGCCCAGCCGGUAACUGGCACCACGGAGGCCACGUGGCAGAAGGUCUUGUAUGAGCGACAGCCCUUCCCUGACAACUACGUGGACCAGCGCUUCCUGGAAGAGCUCCGCAAGAACAUCCACGCCCGGCAGUACCAGUACUGGGCCGUAGUAUUUGAGUCCAGUGUGGUGAUCCAGCAGCUGUGCUGUGUCUGUGUUUUUGGGGUCAUCUGGUGGUACAUGGACGAGGGUCUUCUGGCCCCGCAUUGGCUGUUUGGGACUGGCCUGGCUUUGUCGCUGAUCGGCUACGUUCUGUUUGAUCUCGUGGAUGGAGGGGAGGGACGGAGGAAGAGCGGGCGGACCCGCUGGGCUGACCUCAAGAGCGCCCUGGUCUUCAUCACCUUCACAUAUGGUUUUUCGCCCGUGCUGAAGACCCUGACGGAGUCUGUCAGCACCGACACCAUCUACGCCAUGUCUGUCUUCAUGCUCUUGGGCCACCUCAUCUUCUUCGACUAUGGCGCCAAUGCUGCCAUCGUGUCCAGCACCCUGUCCUUGAACAUGGCCAUCUUUGCCUCUGUCUGCCUGGCCUCACGCCUGCCCCGGUCCCUGCACGCCUUCAUCAUGGUGACCUUUGCCAUCCAGAUCUUUGCCCUGUGGCCCAUGCUACAGAAGAAACUGAAGGCGUGCACGCCCCGCAGCUACGUGGGGGUCACGCUGCUCUUUGCGGGCUCCGCCUUUGGGGGCCUGCUGUCCAUCAGUGCCGUGGGGGCCACCCUCUUUGCGCUGCUGCUGGUGUCCAUCUCCUGCCUCUGCCCUUUCUACCUCAUCCGCCUGCAGCUGUUUAAAGAAAAUAUCCACGGGCCCUGGGACGAGGCUGAGAUCAAAGAAGACCUGUCCAGGUUCCUCAGCUAAGUUAGGGACCUCUGUCCCAUUACUCAGGCGAGAGGGGAGACCAGCCCUCCAGCCAGCAUGCGAUCGGAGGCAGAGUUCCAUUCUGGACGCAGCAGGCCGGUGCGGACGGGAGAACCAAAGGCUGGGGUGGUGAUGGUGCUCAUCCUCUCUGUUUGGUGGAUGGAAAAGCUCUGGGGCCCACAGGAUGUUGGCUUCCCACGUCUUACUCACCAUAACAAACAAAAUGAUGUGGUUUCUAUUUAUUAAAAACUUAACAACAUAUCCAGAAAAUUGCAUCAUGAUUUUCUGUAAGCAGAAGGCAGAUAAUAAAAGUGUGCGUGUG